AUGUUUGCGGAUGACAUUAAGCUCUGGAGCGUCACUCGAACUGCAGAUGACGAAGAGCAUCUGCAGGCGAACCUAAACCGACUCCAACAGUGGUCAAAGGCCUGGCUUCUGCCGUUCAACGAGAAAAAGUGCAAUAUUCUACGAGUCGGCAGUGCUCGCUCUCCGAACCAUAUGGCCUACUGCCUAAACGGUAUACCACCGCAAGAAGUGGACUCGCAGAAGGACUUGGGAGUAUGGAUUACGACCUCGCUCAAACCCUCGCUGCACUGCACGAAGAUAGCCAAGUCUGCAAUGUCUGUCCUCUACCUUGUCAAGCGGGCUUUCUCUGCCUUUGAUGAAGACUGCUUCGCUAAAGUCUUUCGAAAUUUUGUGCGUCCGCAACUAGAAUUUGCUAUCCAAGCUUGGAGACCCUGGACCGCGAAAGACCUCAUCAUCCUUGAAAGGGUUCAAAGGUGUGCAACGAAACUUGUGGCAGGACAGGGUUACUACCAUAUGCAACGCGGUUAGCUAACCUUGAUCUCUUUCCCUUGAGUUACAGGCAGUUACGGGGUGACCUGAUACAAGCCUUCCGUAUCAUACGCGGUCAGGACUGUACCCUCGUACCGGGGGACUUCUUCGAGUUAGCAACCACCACAAAUCUACGAGGCCAUCCAUUCAAACUACGUGUGACAGGGGUCAGACUGGACACACGAAAGUUCUUCUUCUCCAACAGAGUGGUAGAAGCCUGGAAUGCCCUGCCUGUGGAUGUCGUUAUGUCUGCUUCCGUCGAGGUUUUUAAGAGGAAGCUGGAUUUGUGUAGCAGUGUGCACUAAAUUACCACCCCGAUCUCUGUAACCUCGACAAAUUUCGUUAUUAUAAUACUACUUGCCAUAUUUCAGUAACAUUUUAAAUUGAAUGUAUUAUUGUGCCAACUCAUCGCCUACGCUUACUGACAUGCACAUAUGCAAAUUUUUGUCACCGGAUAUAUUAUUUAUUUCGCUGCACUCGAAACGACAGCUCUACAGCUGCUCGUACCACUAAAAUUCGAGACAGUUUGGUUGUCUGUACAGACCUUACGUUUUUCCGAUUAUUUGUUCCUUUAUGAUACCUUUUCGAGUUUUUGAGAUUUUGCAGUUGUUUGUAAACAAAUAGGGAGUUCAAAGGUGAAGACCUACAUUUCCCUCAAUAAACUGAACUGAACUGAACCAACACCACACGCCCCUUUAAAUUAAAUUUCUGAUCGAUUAAGGACAUUUUACGCUUUGAUAUUGGAGAGCCGACCCAGCUCUGUGAAACGUCGGCAUUUAAAUAAACCUGUUCCGGAGAGCCUAUCUUCUUCUUCCACUUUUUCAAAAAAGACGCCUUUUAGUUAUGCGGUUUCAACUCAGUUCUGCAUAACUGUAAUUAACAAGAGACUAUACAAAGUGCUUUUUUCGCGUCGAUAGUUCGACGGCACGUCUUGUCAUCGUUAAGAGAGGCAUGCUGCACAAUUUUCGGAAAAUGGUCAAAUUAACCUUUCCAGAUAUACGCGUUGUGAGGGCAGAAAGAAAAAGUAACAUCUGGACUUCCUUGAUUUGCUCUUUUGGCAAACUUCUAAAGGCGCAAUUUAAAAAAAAAACAGUUUGCAGGAUGUCGAAUAACACGCAACAUUUCCAGCGUCACACCGACCAUUUCAUUGUUCACAAGCAAAACUACAUGUGAAUGGUCAUCCGAGAGAUUAAGACUCCGGUACAAAAAGCAUGCGAGGCCCGAUAAGUCCGUAACGAAUUUAUGCGAAAUGGUUAUCUGAAGAUCCAAUUGAUCGACUGGAAGACGUCUGGCGCAGUAAAUCGUCGCCCAGGAAUAAAAUCUCCUUAUGGUUAUACCGAUAAGGACAGACGAAGUCUCAGGCCACAGGUUUCCGAACGUAAACUAACUGCACAACUUUGCGGUCUGACUUCAGAACCUGUUAUCAAUGACCUAGAAGCUAGUCGUGUGUUCAAGGUCGCAGCACGGAAGUGAAUUGAUGCCUAGGCAUACGACAGAGAUUUGAUCAACCGCACGCCGAUCCUUUGCUUUUAUCCGCAACCCCUAGCUUUCAACUGCAGACAUACGGCGCUGACAACUGACUGGCUGAAAACUCUUCAACUGCCGCAUGUGUGUCACUGCUGUCCUUUCUGACGAUGACCUUGAAAACUUGCGAAAAUAAAUGAUGAACUCAACGGCAAUCCUCGGUCCCUGAUCGAAUGCCCAUGGGAUAAUCAAUUACUUCCUGCAAUUCGUCAAAGUAGUUAUUUUUGCUAUCUCCUACCGGGCAUAAUACUCAGCAUAUUUCGUAAAAAUCGGUACCGAAAUUUUAUAAGGCAUUUUUGAUUAGUAAGUACUGCUUAGGUUGGGUUGUGAUGCUGACCACCGUACGCAGACUCUCAAUAUAUUUUAGUCAUGCCAAGAUGCCAGUCUUGAAACACAUGUUUUCUGCAGCCUGUAAAGAUUUUGCUGAGCAUAAAAAGAUCGCUGUGACAGUAAGAUUUUUUUUAUUCAACUCUGAUGUCUUUAUAAAUUCAAAUAUACUUCAUAAAAAGCAUGCAUGAAAAUAUUAUGUACUAUUCUCGGUUUAGAGAGCACUUCCUCUUCUUGAAAACUGCCACUUUAAUCAAGGACGUGUUUUAAUCUACAAAAAGGUUGUUAUUAUAAUAUUCUUAAGACUAUGAAAUAUCUAUUCACACUGCAUCGUAUACGCCUAUUUUUUAUGCUAAUCAUAAAGCGUAAGAUGGGUUCCAUUUUCAUUAGACAAUUUUGUGAGCCCUAUAUGACAUCUUCUAAAUGGCGGAGCAGAUGUGUAAGUCCUAUCAAAUGGUAAAUGUGCAGCGUGUAGUUUGAAAACUCUAAACGUAAAUGCAAUUAUCAGUCACUUUUAGAUCAUUUGUUAGUUGUGAAGGUUUUUUAAAACCUAAACACGCACCUUCAUUAAACGCGGCGUUUGAAAAUAGCGAAACGGCUACAGGAGAGGAUGCGUUUUGCAGGCUUCCUAAUAAAUUUAAUUGAAUUUAUAGGGGUAUCGAAAAUUAACGGGGAAAUGUAAACCAUAUAAGUGGUCACUUUUACCGAACGAAAUUGUGCUAACGGACGAAAAGCUUACUGGCGUGGCUAAAAUAUCGGCAAGGACCAAGUAUGCGACCCUACUCAAGAAAAUAAAACAAAACCACCGUUAAACACUGGUUUUUUGGUAGGGCUAAACGAUGGAAAUCAGAGCGCGGUAGUAAGUGAAAAUUCGGACAAAUGUUAGGGUGACAUUUACACGCUAGACUUCUUCACAACUACUUGUAAGAGAGCCCACGUGCCAGGAACCCAAUCCUGGAUCGAUGAUGACGGUGUCAAGAUAUCCAACAGUGCAAGCAAAAGUGCAGCAUUUUUGGAAUUCUUCCAGUGUUUUUUGCAAUGAAUGUAGAUAAAUAUUUUUAUUUACGAUAGCGCGGAAGCGUUAUUAAUAGAAAAGCGAGGAGUCAGUAUGCCACGCUGACUUGAUUUUCAUUCCCUAAGUGGGGUCGCAUACUGCAACCUUGUCAAAAUAUCUUGUCCUUAUGUCGUAUGAUGAGCCCUGUCACGGCACCACUUAGAAAAUUUAUUCUACUCAGUAACGCAUUUUCUAAUUUUGGUUGACAUUUCAGGAACAAGCCCAGCUACUGUACCGUUGUUGCCACAAGUAGUACCAUCAGUUUAUCUUUACUCAUCUUAUAAAGACACCUUCAAGAGAAUACUUGACUGUUUUAUGAAUUGCUUUUAUUAUCUUCCUCCAAUUUUUGCAUUGUCAGCAUUGCCACUGGAACCGAAUCGUUGGACUACAAGUCGUUUGAAAAGUGGCUGAGUUUAAUUGGCCUGGGAAAACUUUGAAUCAACAUAGUAGGAAUAAUACAGUGAGCGUUAAUACAGUGCUUAUGUGCCUCGAAGAUAUGCAUUCUCAGAUAGGAGAGAAACAUAAAGAAAUUAGUUCUAUUUUGAAAUUACAGAUACAAAAUUUUCAUCAAAAAAGGGGUUCAUUCACCGUCGACAUAAUAAAAGUUAACAAAUUACUUAAGAGUCAAGAAGAUUUACAUAGAAAGAAAGAACUAUUACGGGGACGAUUGGAGUCCUAGUUUCUGUAUUCCAGUCUUUUCCCACGUUAUAAGCGUGCAAAGAAUGGUAGUGAAGGCUGUUAGCAUGCCGAUGAAAGGCAAGAGUUAUGUCGAAAGCCUCUGCAAAAGAGGCGGGAGGACUUCGCGCAGAGAUAAGCUCAGAAUAUGGGGGAUGGGAAAUGUCAUCCGAAAUUUGAUCAGCACAUUGCUCGAUUGUUUUGAGAUGUCAUUGCGUGAUAAUGCUGACUAAAAAGACAUACCAAACACCGGCAGUAGAAAAGAGCAUUUAAAACUCUCGCCUGAAAACUUACGUAUCCUUUUUGAACAAAACAGGAAACAUGACGGGAGGACAAAAAGGAAUGAGCAAAAAAAUGCAGACAAAUAUAAUACGCCAGAUUAAGGAUUGAAGUGUGUGGUAUGAACGUUAGCGACUAAUUUAGUAAGUCGGUUUCCGAAUUUUAGUGAAAAGGUUCUUUAUAUGAUGGGAACACUAAAUAUUUAAGGGCAAAGUUACGCUAAAGUAUAUAAAAAAGGAUACUACGUCGGGAAGGAUGUCUAAAAAUUCAGAACUCGGGGAAGACCGCAGUCAGAAGAGACACUGAACUGAUUUUCGAUUGUUCAUUAGGAGGCCAUUUUCCUGCGACCAUACUAAGACAAGGUCAAGGCCAUUCUUCAGGGACUGGAGAUAAUUCGGAUUUUUGAGGGAGUGACCAAUAACCACCUCGUCCGCAUGCCUAAUAAACACACAGUUGUUUCGGGAAAUUAGACCAUCAAUGUAAAGGGAGGCGAGCAUAGGGGGCAAGAUAGAAUCCUGGAGAAAUCCACAAUCAUUUUGAAGGACCGUAGAUUUUCGUUUACCGAAUUGGACAAAUUGAGUACGGAGAUAAGGAAAUUAUCGAACCAAGAGACAACCCAGCCUGGAGAGCCGCACGCGAAUGAUUUCACUGCUAUCCUGUUUUCUCUGUUUCAGAAGGCGAAUCCGCACUCCGUAUCAGGACUACCCUAGAUUUUAAAUCCAGGAUAUAUUCCGCGGGCGAUAACUGACUACUCUGUGUGCAUGUAGACAACGGGCUGUAUGUUUGUUGACGUUUGAACAGCCACCAAAAUGCGAAACAAGCUUUCAGCCGGCCAGUUCUACUGUAGCCUCCCAAACUGCUCUGUUUGACCAUUAAUACCAAUUACGUAGAGACGGUUACAAAUGUUCUUCGCUGUCCGCAGCUGCUACAUGCUGGAGAUGUUAUCAUACAAACGCCGAACUAGGUAGCACCUAAGGCAGAUUAGUUGGGUAGCCUUGUCCCGAAAGCUUCUCUGUUAGAUCACAUCGCAUGCCUCAGUGAAGCAGAAACAGAUUCGACGCUACCAUGAAGGGUGCCCAGAGUAUAAGCCUCUGUGGUUUUAAAAGGGUAAAAACGUUCUGACAAAUUAUUAAGCUUGAAAAUCACUUCACUUUCGGCGGCGUUUGUUAUGGUCAAAGGAGCAAUUAAGAUUUGAGGGCUAAAUUUGUCAUUUUAGGAAUAAAGAUGACGAACAAAAUUUAAAAAAUUAAAAGUUUUUCGGGUAUAUCAAGUCUUUAACAGGAAUUUUAAGUGGGUCACAUAAACCCAUCGUCUGGUGAAAUAAAUAGCAAAAGGUGAGACUGUUGGCCUAGGGAUUUUGGGAUACAGGGGUCAUAAGGCGUUUGUUUCCCAGAUGUAUGUGUUAAAGGUUACGGUAGGUUGGUGUUCAGCAGUCCGGUUAAAUAACGUGCUCGUCCCUACCCACACCUUGAUUUGGCGUAUCGGAGGCACUCUAAUAUCUAAUAUACAGUAGGUUGUCUAGCUCAUGAAACGUCAACCAAACUUCCAAAACCUGUUUUCGUUACGAAAAAAAUUAAUUGAGACGUAUUGGAUAGCUUCUUAUCUUGCAAUAUAAUUCUAUAAUAAUUCAGUUGCCUCCGGAUGUCGGUUUUCAAGGGAAUUCCUUUCUGGCAAUAGGCAAAAUCUUUACUCUGUGAGAAAUUACCACUUAUAUGGCUUGCAUUUUUCUCAAUGAUGUUCGAUGCCAUUAAAGAUUCAAUUAUAUUUUAUGGAAAAUGUGUAUUGAAAUAUUCAUUUUUUUGCUCAUUUAGAGGGAAAUUACAACUUCUUCCAAUUCUGUACUCAAAAUAAGCGUAUCAUUAUGUUUUCAAAAGCGUUUCCAAUUCGCGGGUAAUUUUGAACCCUGACCUGCCGUUACACUUGCAUUCAGGGUUUCAAAAUACAAAGCGUAUAUUUUCCGCGUACGAAAAACCGUAUAUUUCCCUAAGGCAUUAAUAGGAGACUAUAUGGGUUUAUAACAUUUAACAAUGUAUAUGAGCUUAAUAGUUAAUUCAAAAGCCACAUUGGCAAAUGCAACGACAUGACGUUUUAUGAACGGCCAUUUCAUGGUAUUAAAUAUCUCCUAGUUAUAAACCUUUUUUGAAAUCGAAUUAUAAACUUCUUUCGAGCAUACCAUUAAAAACAAAUGUAAUUUCCUACCUAAUUUUUAAGGAAUGAAUAUUGUUUUGCAUGUCUUCUAUAAAAUUUAAUUGAAUCUUUUGGGACAUCGAAAAUCAAUGAGAAAACUGUAAGCCACACGGGUAGUCAUUUUUGGCAGAGUAUAAUCUUUGCAUGCCGCCAGGAAAAUUUUCCUUCGAAAACCGACAUUCCGAGGCAACUGAACUAUUAUAGAAUUAUACUGCAUGAUGAUUAGUUAUUUAAUUCUACUUAAUUCGUCUUUUUGAAACGAAAACGCACUUCGGAAUUUCGGUUGAGAGUUUAUGACUUAGCCUUCCAACUGUAGUCUAAUUAAUUGACUUCCUUUUGUCUUGUGUCCGCGUUAUGCGCACAUAUCUAAAUGAUAAAUUAUUUAACCUCGAGUCACAAGCCAUCUGUCCGUUUUUGUCGUCUAUGUAUAUACAUUGAGCCUGUCACUGAAACCUCCAGACGGGUUUGCAAUAUCCAUUUAAAACUUAUUUUUUUGCUAAUUACAAUGUUACAAAUAAACUCGGAAGACGAGACGGAAAUAGUAUUUGAACAAAACAGAAUUAGAAGUAAUAUUUCACGAUCUGCAGUUCCAUCACAAAUCCACUUAUUGUCCGAUAGGAUCGGGACAUUUUAAGGCUUCACAAACUUGUCAGUCAGUCAUCUGGUCGGACCCCAAGAAGGAAUGCUAGCUUUUCACGUUGUCACGGAGCUCCGACAUACCGACCCGUCUGCCAAUUGUGUAGUCAGAGAGAAUCCCAAAUGAAACAUCCAAUGAACAUAACUAAUUGGAUGUCAGGUGACUUUUAAGAGCUGUAAUCUGAAAUCCCAAACAAAAUGGGUGGUUGGUGUUACGCUUUCAAAUUAUGUGGCAUACGAGACCACCCCUUCAUUGCGACCGUGUCCGAUUUUCAAGAAUUGGAUUUUUACUGUAGCGUCCAUGUACUAUAUGAGCUGAUUGCUUUGUUUAUUUGGAUGAGAUUGUUUACGACUGACCUUCCAGGUGGAUUUUUCGGUUAACAUGUUGUUUACCUCCUGACCUACGCGAUCCCAUCCUCCUGUCAGAUGCCUCGCGCAAGGUAAUGUGCAUUCGUCGGCACAGCUAACAAAUCGAUUAAACCUAUGUGUGCCGAAGUAAACAAGUCAUUUUGGUGAGCCUACCUGUCUCAUAUGUAUUUCCGAUCAAUGUUAAUAAAACUGAGAUAUUCUUUCCAUAUAUUCUAUAACAAGGGAGUUUGUAAAAAUAAAUACUGCGGAAUAGGCUUAGUCAUCGGGAAUUUGAUGUGGAUUGUACUUGCGAAAUAAUAGGUUUUAAAUACGGCGUUCACGAAAAGAUCCGGAGCGAUCUGGAGUACUGUAUCGAAUUCAGUGCACGUUGUCCUUGUAACUAAACAGGACAGACUGGGCGCAUGCUCGGAUCGCGCAUACACGAACAUAAGCUGGCUGUGCGACGAGGCGACGCAUUAUCACAAGUGGCCGCCUACACCCCCGAAAUGGGUCACGAGUUUAACUUCGCAGACACCAAAAUAGUCGCCCACACCGGAAGCAAAACGGGCCGAGGAUUGAUUGAAGCCUUGGUCUCGGAUGAGAACUCGGUUAAUCGAUUUAUCGAUCUGGCGCCGGCGUACAUAGCUCUGCGUAGUCACCUCCAGUCUUUUGCCGUCGGUCGAAGAUUGGCCUACAUGCCUUAUAACUGCCUCUUGAUCUGUUGCUGCUACUACCUCUGACAAUGGACUCCUGUACGAGUCUGAAGGCUCAGGACAAUGAACAAAGUGCCCCAUGCUGGACUCUUCUCCUUCUUCACUUAUGUACACACCUGGAACUCGAAAUUUCGCCUUCAUCGUAUAUACAAUUAUUCUCUCUUUUCACCCAUCUAGAUGACAUGUCACAUGUUUUCAUCUUGUACAAUUAGACUGACCGUCAUAUACGAUGCCAUCAACCGUGUUACUCAAAGCUCGGUGGACUCAGCUCGGUGAACCGCGCAUUACUAUGCUUGCAGUGAUAUAGGCUUGUGCUGUAUCUUCCGCACACCACCAUCCCUCACUCAUCGGACCCCAGAGACCAGGUGGAAUCCAGGCGGUCGGAGGAGGGUCAGGCUUGGUGGCUGUCAGAUAUAAUUAGCCCCUCUACGCGCGCCUCACACGACCGUCCCCCACAUGUCGGUGGUAGCCUCCCAAACCGUGACUUAUUGCGCGCCGUAAUAGUUUUAAAAUGCAUCUGAUUCAUUACAGUGGGAAAUGCGCUAAAAUGCACUGGCCCAUCGAGAUUACUUCAUUUGCCUUCACUUCUGUCUGUAAAAUAUAAUAAGAGUGGCAUGAAAAAACUCGGACGAAUAAAUCGCGACGAUCAAAUUUAAAAGACCGAAGUUUAUUAGCGAAUCAACGGCCAGAAAACGCUGGAGAUUAACUGUUUUCAAGCAUCCUACUAGGUGUGGCGUCCCGGCGAUCCCUGGAGACUCAACCGACCGAAAGGGAACAUCAAGUAUUCUGCCCGAUUUGAAAAGGACUUUAGAACAUGAUUUUGCAAACAAAGGAACUCCAGAGAGGGGAUAUUUGCCUUGGUUAUAUAGUAACCAAGGUGCACUUUAAUGUCACAUAAGCUAUGGGACGUCUUCGUGACGAGCAAUAUCAGGCGACUUUUGCCUACUUUAGUAACUCAACCCCCGCCAGAUCUCGAAAUUGUUUAGAGGAGCGCUGGAAAAUGCACGGUGACUUGUGUGUAAGUUAACUCAUAGUGCUAAUGGACUCAAGCAGCAUCUGCCGUACUCUCUCCCCUCUCUCCCGCCUGAACUCGGUAUCAAGACAAAGGCAGGAAGACCGGAGGCAAGAGAGGGCGCGGGUGGCUAGCACGGCCAGGCCCGCACUUAGGCGUAUCACCACACCCCCUGAUUUCCAGCAAAACCUUGACCAGAAUUUUUAGUCAACAAUUCGUCAGACAGAUGAAGAUGACUAGGCCACAAUGCUCACGACCUGUGUAUCCAGCUGGGAGUCGCAGGUGUAUCUGCCGGCAGAGAACUAGAUGCCGGAGUAUUGUAAACGUUAACCAGGCUCCGAGGACAAUGGUUUGCUGAAUAACCGCGUAGCAGACGCUCACAUUCCUUGAUACCCAGAAGGGUGAAACGCAACCGUGUAUUUGGCCUGAGCCAUAACUCUUCAAAGGCUAGGUAACUAGUCAGCUAUCGACCAUGAGGCACUGCCCAUAAAGCCCACACACACACUGCUCACAUGCGUGACAAUGCCAGAGGUCACGUUAGGAAGGAACCAUUACAGCCUGACUUUCAGCCCACUAGUCCGCCACUUCACGCAAACACACACACACAACUGGGCAGACGGCGUGGACUGAGUUCGAGCGUCGGUCGGCAGUCUUUCAUGCCACGGCGCCCGGCGCGUACUACAUAAAUAAUUAUUUUUAUUAAGCGUGGUUUUUACAAAGAAAAACUCAUUCAAGAGAGACACAGCUUGACCUGAUGAAAUUUUCAAGGAAUAAUGUUGUACGCUAAUCCCUAGUGAAAUCCCACUCAAGUAAUCAUUUCUAAUCGAAAUCACACUUCGGAAUUUUCGCCAGACAAGACGGCCGGCUUUAGAAGUAGUGGGACACCAGUGGGCACCAGUUGAAUUAAACCCCUACUACUUUGUCGUGGAUUUGAAUCCCGACAAGACCACUGAGCUUUUCAAGCCUCGGCUGCCACGGCAAAGUGAGAGCAGGCACGGUGACUUGCAUAUGAUUUCUUUUAUAGUGAUAGCGAAUUUGCGCUACAUCUAUCGCACUCUCUCCUCCUCCCCCACCUUGGCUCGGUGUCAAUACAUGGUCGAUAAGACUGAAGGCAGGAGGAGGUUCAGGUGGCUGGCGCGGCCGGACCCGUACCUAGGCGUACCACCACACCACAUGGUCUACAACAAACACUCAACCAGGAUUUUGACCAAAAUGUGGGCCGGCGGGAAUCCAAAAGUGCACAGCCUACAGUUGGGCCUGCCACCGCACACACACAGUAGGUGAAAUAUCUAGUGGACGCGUCUACGCGCGACACGUUCAGCGCCUAGCCCUCGAAACACAGGUACCAGAAUUUCGCCCAACGAGGAGGGGGGGGGAAGUGACAGACAUCUCGCAUGCAUGAGAGUGCCAGAGGUCACGUUAAGAAGGAGCCGUUGCAGCCUGAAUUUUAGUCCACUAGUCCGAAACUCUACGCAAACGCACACACAACUGGACAGACGGCGUGAAUUAAGCCGUCGUUCGACAGUGUUUCAUGCCACGGCGCCUGACGCGUCAACACAGUCUUGGACUCGGAUCACGCAUGCAGCGGAGGACCCGCAUGGAGGUGCUGAUUGGAUGCUUGUGAGGGAUGGUGGUGUUAGGAGGUGCAGAGGUUAUUGGUCAAAGGUGCGAUGAUGUGAUUAGACCAGCAACUGUCUACCGCAGGACUUUAUAAGUGCGCAUGUGGCCUAAUAAGCCAGUCUGGCGGUGAAGUCUGCGCAGAUAGUGUGGAGAGUUGAGACGGAUGCUGCGAGUGCAGGUUGGUGGUCAAGGCACUGGUUCCACAAUUUCUAUGCUGUGAAUUCGCAAGUGACCGACUUGACCGAUAUGUUCGGUGAGUGUACGGGGGUAAUGUGGACAGUGGCAUCAAAGAAUCAAGGGCCCUAUUACAAAAAGGUCAAGUGGCAAUGCAAUUUGGGUCAAGAGGAAGCCUAUGCACCUGGGACCGAAAAUUAAAAACAUAAAAAAAUAAAUCGAAGUACAAAGCAAAGAGGACAAGAGGCUAGAAAAAUUAAUUAAGCACACAUCUUGAAGAAGGAGACACGAUCGCCGGGACAAGAGCUUUAUUAGCCUGACGUUUCGGAUUCCUACUCGAAUCCAUCAUCAGAGACAAAAGAGCAGAAACGGGUGGUUGUUGCACAAGGGGCUGCGGUAUUUAUAGGAUGCGGCAGCCAUGCUACCGCAUACCUAUGAACGUUCACGGCUUCCCCCUUCAUCCGGGAUUGUCACACUUGGUGUGAUCAUUGCUUGAUGGCCGACAUUCGAGUCGAUAAUUGCUGCAAUUUGAUCACGUGCGUUGGAUGUUGGCGUGAUGAUUGCUCGACCAUCUGACGCGUUGACCCGGGUGUCGGGAAGAGUGUUCACCAGUGCGCUCCCCGCGUGGCCAAUUACUCCGCCUAGACGAAGUCUCAGCACGCUGUAUUGAAUGGGAAGAUCGUUGCACUUGUUGAUGGACUGGGGGCCAGUAAACCAUGAUUCCAGUAGCUCCCGGCUCACUCGGUUGUCACCUCUUGCGAGAAUUUCAGCCUCAUCGAAUUUAAAUGUGUGGCCGUAUCUCGUCGAAUGAGCCGCAACUUGAGAGCUGGCGUCAUUUCUGCGCACCGCUGCCGCGUGUUCGGCCAUUCUCGUUCGGAGCUGUCUUCCGGUUUCUCCGACGUAGUUGCUUUGUCCGCAACUGCACCAGAUCCGAUAAACGACUCCAGACGUUUCUAGCCGUGGCAGUGGGUCUUUCGUUUUCAUGAUCAGACGCCUGAUGGUUGCCUCCGGUCUGUGUGCCACUCCAACCCCAAGUGGUGCGAGAAGGCGGCCGACAGCUUCCGAAACGUUUAUGACAUACGGAAGUGCCCGCCAAGACUUGGUGUCCGUGCGGUUAGGCCUUUCGUCCCUUUUGCGUAUGCACCGGUCGACGAAGUUGCGCGGGUAGCCAUUGGCUUUGAAGACCCGUCGGAGGUAUUGUAGUUCAGCAAUUUUGUCUUCUGGCUCACUGCAGUGCGUUUCGACACGCCGAAAGAGCGUCCUUACACAACUGCGUUUGUGGCUGAUUGGGUGGUUACUGUCGAAGUUCAGUACUUGCAUCGUAUUUGUCGCUUUCCUGAACACUUUGGUCUUUAGUCCACCACAAUCCUUGCGGCAUACGAGGACAUCCAGGAAGGCCAGCUGGUUGUUCUCUUCCUCCUCCAUCGUAAAUUGAAUGUCCGGGAAGACGGCGUUGAGAUGUUCUUGGAACGUCAACACCUGAUCCCGUUCGAUGACGACGAAGGUAUCAUCCACAUACCGGGCCCAGAAUUUCGGUCUGUGAUGUUGGAAGACCAGCGAUUCUAA